AUGUUGCCCCUUGUUAGGAAAGUGCAUUCGUGCAUGUCAUUAUCUGUGUGUGACCUUCUAAUUUGUCCCGUCCUGGCCGUUAGUGCCUAUCUCGCCCCACCGGUUGCAGCCGUGUAUUUGUUAGCGGUGUUGUGGCCCCGUUCGAACGAAUUAGGCGCCUUCUCUGCUCUCAUGUUUGGCCUACUUCUGGGGAUCACCAGACUGAUCUUGUCUGUGAUUUACAGUGACCCAAUUUGUGGCGAGUUGGACACGCGACCACUGAUUGUUGGGAAGCUGCAUUACAUGUAUUUCGGCUUCGGCUCUUUUGCUUCUACCCUAUUGAUCAUGGUUGUCGUAUCGUUCAUCGGCAAAAAGCCUCAUGCUGUACAAAUCAGUCGAUUAACCUACUUCACUGCCUGGGAUCUCCUUCACGAGAGAGCAGAACAACCGGAGCAGAAGUACACAAACGCUGUGAAUGGAGGGCCCCUGGGUAGUGAAGGUACGGGCACAAUCGUUCAAUACAGUACUAAUGAAGAUACAUUCGGGAAAGCAAUAUGGAUGCAGCCGUGUGCAGACAACAAGGCAGAACUAAAUGAACUGGUUAGCUGCGCCUCGUUUGUUGCUCUCAAGCUAGCACGAAUGCUUAUGCUAUUUUAUUUUCUCUCCUUAACACACAAUCCAUCCGGCUUCUUUUUCUACUCUGGUAACAUUCUUCCACAUUUUGCUUUUAACAGCAUCGAUUUUUCACGGGUUAAGAAUGGAUGA